AUGGAAGCUGUACAGACAUUCGGCCGUAAGAAAACCGCCACUGCUGUUGCUCACUGCAAGCGUGGACGUGGUCUCAUUCGCAUCAAUGGUUCUCCUCUCGAACUCCUCGAACCUGAGAUUUUGAAGUUCAAGGUUUAUGAAGUUAUCCUUCUUUUGGGUGAAGAACGUUUCGCUGGUGCUGAUAUUAGAAUUCGUGUCAAUGGUGGUGGUCACACUUCUCAAGUCUAUGCUAUUCGUCAAGCUCUUGCCAAGGCCAUUGUCGCUUUCUACCAAAAGUUCGUCGAUGAGGCUGCUAAGAAGGAAAUCAAGGAAAUCCUUGUUCAAUACGAUCGUACCCUUCUCGUUGCCGAUCCCCGUCGUUGUGAACCCAAGAAGUUCGGUGGUCCAGGUGCUCGUGCCCGUUACCAAAAGUCUUACCGUUAA